AUGGCGAGAACGAGCAGAAUACAGCCCCGACGUGGAGGGGCCAGGUCGAAGGCCAGGAAGUUGAUGGCCGUUUGUUUGGGUGGAGUUCUGCUGUUUUCGGGUGGCGGAGCGGUUUCUAGAGAGCCGGUUGAGGGCCUGCUGCGUCGCUUUUCAGCUUCGGGGGCAGACGAAACACAGGAGGGAACGCCCACAAAUUCAGUCGCAACCUGCACGUCGGCGACUCAAGUCCAUGUCACCGCAACACCCGCUACGCUGACGUUGUCAAAGAGUUCCCUUACCGCUACGGUAGAGUGCUUAGGUGAAGCAAACACAGCCGGACCAGCCGGAGAGGAGGACGUAUGCGACGGCCAGACGACAAAAAGCACCGGGGGAGAGCGUGGUUCCACUGCCUGCAGAAUCGGGUCUACCGAGGCAGGACAGACGGUGACGCUGCAAACGCUCCUCGGUGCCACGCAUAAGAUCCAGUGGACAACAAACACACUGUCGGAGACCCCAGAGGGAGAAUCCCGGACACUGAAACUAUCUCAGUCAGACCUUCCCCGAACCGACAAAACAUUCGUCGUGGGCUGUCAAAAAGGCGGCUCUGACCCGAACUCCGCAUGCAAAGUGACAGUGAACGUGAAUGCCAGACCCUCUUCGGCUGACGACAAAAACGUUGUCACCUGUGCAUACGGCAAAGACAGCAACCCGAAACCCGUAAAAGUCGAGAUGUCACAAAACAAGAACACUCUCACCAUUGACUGUGGGAGCGGCGGAUCGCUGCAGCCUGCUGGAUUCACAUCUCAGUACUGCUCCCCCGACACAGACAAUUUGGAGGAAUGCGCCACGGCGAGCUACUCUGGUAUCCUACCCAAGUUUGCACCGAGCUGGUGGACGAAUACAGAAAAGGGAACCCCGGCUGUGCUGACUAUCCCGAAGACCGACUUUCCAAGUACAGACCAGCGCUUCCUGCUAGGCUGUGCGCCGACAUCCACCGCUCCGGAAACGCCUGACGAGGCGUCCAGGCAGCCUGAGGCGGACUCCACAACAUCAGCUUGUCGAGUACUUGUGACCGUCAAGGCAGCGAGCUCCGCCUCCUCUGCAUCAUUCAAUCCGCAAGUAAUAGCUGCGACCUCUGGAGCGGUCCUUCUAACGGGGCUUUUCUCGGGUUCGUCCUAA